AUGGCAACAGCAUUACUAAGACAUGGUUUACGUUCAGUUGUUGCAAAAAGUGUUUCUUUCGAAAAACGAGCCUUGCCGACAAUAUGCAAUACGUUCUUCGCCGAUCAACACUCUCAAUUGACUCCAAAACAAAAGUUUCAGUUUUCUCCAAUGCUAAGAACUAUGUCUAGCAAGAGGAAUGUCCACCAUACUCGAGCAUCAGCUUCUGUGGACGAGGAGAGUGACAGUGACAGCGAUUCUGAUGAAGAACGAGACAGAGGUCAGUCUGAAUUUUGGAGAAGAAAAAUGAGUACACUACACAGACACUUAGACGUUAAUAAAGAUGGUGUCAUUAGCUAUGAAGAUUUUAUGCUUCUUGCUGAAAGGUUUGCUGAUUUAGGUCAUUUAUCACCAGAAGCAAAAAAAGACUUUCAGAAGGUUCUAAGUGAUAUGUGGGUCGAGCAGUGGGGCGAGAUCAGUCCUUACAACCUCGUGGGCGUCGAACAAUAUCUUGAAGAGAUGCAUCAUGUUUUAAAUGACCCGUCUCUAAAAAAGAAAUGUCACCAUUUUCUUCCUUUCUUAUUCAAGGCAGUGGACAAAGAUGGCGAUGGAGAAAUAUCAGUCGAAGAAUUUAAAUUAUUUUUCAGAUGUCUUGAUAUCGAUAAUGAUCAUGCCGUUGUCUCCUUCACCUUUAUCGACGUUAAUGAAGAUGGAAAAAUUACUAAAGAUGAAUUUAUAUCUUUGGGAAGAGACUUUUUCUUGACUGAAGAUCAUACUAGGCCAAGCAAACAUUUCUGGGGACCACUUGCAGAUUAAUAUUUAUUUCCAUUGUUCAUAAUGAAUCAUGUGUGAUACUUAUAUCAAAUAUCAGUCUUACAAUUACAUUAUUUUCAUAUCAUGAAUAUUGAUUCAGAACCAUCAAUUAUUCGUUAAGAUUCACCGCUAUUUACGGUUCAUUCGUACUGCACAUAAGCUUUCAAA